CCAACACACUCGUCCUAUGCUUUGAGCCAUGCACAUACUGACAUUUGAGUGUUUUACACGUUUUUUAGGACAAAAAUAAAAAAAGAGCUUUUUCUUUGGACAUAGUUGGACGUUCUGGAUUAUAGUUUUUGUUGUUUUUAUUGGAAACAUGAGAUAUUCCACUUUGAUAGGAUUCCUGGUGGCUUUGUUAAAACAACUCUGCACAUCUGAAGGUGGGUCCACCCCCAUUCUGGCUUCCAUUGAGGUUGCCUACCAAGGCGACCAGACUUUAUCCCAGGAAAAAGAGCUGCCUGCUGCAGAGAUGGUGCCAGUCGUGUCCCCUCCUAGUUUAAAGGAGGUGCAGCAGGCUGUACAGGAAGCCUCAGAGCAGGUGGAUGGGCGGGGGGCAGAAGAGGUGCUGAAGGAGUUGCUGGAGCGAGUGGUUGAGGCAGCUAUGGGUAAAGCAGAAGCAGCGGGUGAAGCAAAAGAUGUGGAGAGACAGAAGAAAGUGGCUGAUGGAUAUGUACCCGGGGUCAUAACAGGACAGCUUCAAGCUGAGAUACUGGAGCAGCCAGCAGAGGAUAAAAAUAUUAGUCUCGGGGAAGGAAAUGCUGGAUUUAAAGAAAAUGAGGGGGAAGCAGAGGUGGAUGCAUUUGAAGAUGUAGCUGUAGGAGAGAUGCGAGUUGUCAAGGGAGAGGGCGAAGCAGCAGCUAGACCUAUAGAGAAGUCUUCUGAAGGUGUGGAAGCUAAAGAAGCAGAGAGUUUGGAGGUUAUGGAUGAAUCAGUAGGAGCUAAAUUCAGUCAGGAGGAUAAAAAGGGAACCUUGGAAGAGACAGAAGGAGAUUUAGAAACAAGGAAAGAAGAAGGCACAGAGCUAGUUGGUCUGUCCGUUACAAAGAACCUGACUAAAACAGAAAUACUGGCUGGAAAUGGAGCUCUGAGUCCUGUUGAGGUGGAAGUGGAUGUUCGGCCAGAGCAGGAAACUGUGGAUGAGUCCAGACCUGGCCUGGGAGGGGCUGAUCAUGAGCAGAUAGGCACUAACUGGGGAAAAGAAGCCACUCUGAAGGAGGAAAGUCAAAUGGACAAAAUAGAUGGAGAGAAAAUAGUGCUGCCUUCCAAAGAUUAUGAGAUAAAAAUAACAAACCCUGUCACAGGAGAGUCAGUAGGGGAGGCGGAGGAGGUAAAAAGAGGAGAAUAUGCUGAAGGACAUGAAGAAGAUGAAAAUGGGCAUGUAGUGGAGGAAGGAGGUCAGGGUAAGGUAGAAAUGACAGAAACAAAAUUACAGGGGGUGAUUGGGGAUGAAAGACACGGAGACAGGGUAGGUAAGGAGGUUUCAGUGGCACUAGUGAAUGAAACGAGUAUGGAAAAAACUCAAAAUGAAGAAGAAGAGCAAACUGCUUUGGAGAAUUUGCACCAUCGUGAUUAUCAAGAGACUCUGGUGAACCCUGGGCUUGGCAACAGCACUGAGACAUUUAUAGAAAGGAGACGUGAAAUCCAGCUUCCCACCCCAAACCCAUCAGUUGGUCAAAUGGAAGCUGAAGAAAAUACCAUUGGUCAUGAGAAAUCAAACUGUGGUAAAAGGAUCAUUACCUCGACUCAUGGCUUUUUGCCACACAACCAUGGCAGGAUCCAGCCUACAUUGGAUGAUUUUGAUAAUGAUGUUCUAGCCAAAUACCAUCAAACAAAAGGAGGGAAACAAGGAGAGGGCAAAGAGCCAGUGGAAAAUACACCUGGAAUGAGAGAGACUAAUAAAGGAGGUCUGGAGGCGUGGAAAAUUGGUGCCAUUUUUGCUGCAGUCUUUCUGGCUUUGGAGACCAUUGUAAUAAUUGUAUAUGUCAUCAAAUGUCGGAAUAAAAAAAGUGCUUCCACCAUGCAGCGAGCCUGUGAGGAAGGGCGUGUUGAACCAGAUGCAGCAACAGGAGGCGACUGCGGUGAUCAUUCACGACCGAUGGGGACUAUUCAGAAGAUCACCACCCUUGACCCAUCUGAUGUGGCUUCAGCCAUGGCACAAGAAAAGAAGCAGCAGGAAGAUGAUCAUGCAAUAUCCUUGUCCAAACUUUCGCCCAGCUUCACGGAUGAACUGGCCACUACUGGACCAGGCCCAAACUUCUCACAAGACCUAAGGACGCCUGUAUAAGAGAAGCUUGGGAUUCCACCUGUAAUAACUCUCACGUUUAUAUUCCUGUAGAUAAUUUUGUUGAUGUGUGCAUGUAACACAAAAUGUUAGUUCCUGUAACACUUUAGCAGGUAUGAAUGUGUGUGGGUGAAAAAUUAAAGCAUGCAUAUUUUAUAAUAUAAGUGUAUGUGUGAAAAGACUUUUACCAAAAGUGAAAUAAAUGUAUCUGGUUUGAUGUUUACAGUCUUACAUUGACGUCUUUACAGAACUAAAGGGUUUUAAUGACCCCAACUUGCUGAAAAAAAAAUAUUUUUUUUCAAAUACAUAAAGGAAGCCUCGUUAAAAACCAACAAAUGUGUCUGAAAAGAAAUAAAAUAUUGAUUCCCUUCUGCUGGGAUGUUGUUUAAAACUUG